AUGAAGCGCCCCUCCUCUACUUCGCCCAACAUGGACAAGUUCGACGUCAGCGAGUACGACGGCGCCGUCGAGUCCACCCCCAGCCCCCCUCCUACCUCCUCGCCAGCGUCAAAGAAGGCGAAAAAGUCCCCUACGAAGCCGAGGUCGACUCCCAAGACCAGCUACAAGGACAAGAGGAUCGAGCCGAGCUCCCCCAAGGGGAAGCUUUUGGCCUACUGUGUCAAGCUGGCUAUGAAGACCGCGGACAAAGGCGAUGUGGAGCGCAUGACUGGGUUGAACCCUACCCAGACGAGGGCGCUCAUGCGCGAGGAUGGGAACGGAUCGUUGUAUAAUGCCUUGAUGCGGGUCGCUGAGCAGAUGUAG